AUGGCUGCCAUACCGAGAACAUUGCGACCCCUCGCAAAAGCUACCACAUGCAUCGUGCCGCUUUCACCGGUGACCAGGUCACUUCCUCGAAGGAAUUUUCUACCUAAACGAACGUUCACUACCACCUCAAGGCAGCGCUAUGCUGAACCUUACAUGCCCGACGACAUCGACACCACCUCCCUAUCGCCGACGCCCAUCACUCACUUCUCGGAGACCGAGAGAAUGCUUGCAGAGUCUGUCUCUAGAUGGGCGACUGAAGAGCUCGCACCAAAGGUGAGAGACAUGGAUGAGAAAGAACAGAUGGACCCAGCCAUCGUCGAGCAGAUGUUCGAGCAAGGGCUCAUGGCGUUCGAGAUCCCUGAGGAGUAUGGUGGCGCUGGGAUGAACUUCACAUCAGCAAUUGUGGGAAUUGAAGAGAUUGCCAGGGUAGACCCUUCAGUUUCGGUUCUGUGCGAUGUACACAACACAUUGGUGGUGACUGCAAUCCUCAAAUAUGGCAGCGAAGCGUUCAAGAAGGAGUGGCUUCCGAAGCUGGCUACCAACACUGUCGGAUCGUUCUGCUUGUCUGAGCCCGCCUCAGGCUCCGAUGCCUUUGCAUUGAAGACCAAAGCAGAAAAGACAUCAAAUGGCUACAAGGCAUGUCUACCCAUCCGGUGCCGCUGGUCGUAG